ACGCUUCAUAGACCUCAACUUCAACCAACAGAAAUAACACUCUUAUCGAAUACUAAGAUGAGAGAGACAGAAUACAAGCCCGAUGUUUCGAAAAAACCCGGCCUUGUCUGUGGAUGUUUGCAGAUUCCCUUCGCAAAGCAAGAACAAGAGAAUAAUAAAACGAGUGAAUCUUAGAGCGAAUGAGACCACACCGUCACACCACCACCAUCUUGUGCCCCUCAACGAAAAUGCCAUCUCCAUGCCAAAUAACCGUCAAGCCCUACGUCAAUUACAUUAUUCGAACAGCAUUGGGAGCAACAAAGCCCGACCAACACCCAGCUGUUGCAACCCGAUCACUACCCCUAUCCUCGCGGAUUAUGACUGCAACUCGCCAGACGGAUCUCGCUGGCCGGUCUUGCCGUGAUGAUGGUCAUUGUGGUGAUGAUCAAUGGCUCCCGCGCCGGAGUUGAUGGGGUCGACGGUUGCAACCGGCGAGUUGGCGGGCGGGAUCUCGACUGGAGCACUCGGCUCCUCUAAUAAGCUCGAGGUUGACGCCGGCAGGGCUCGGCUGGAGAGGGAGUUUGUCAUACCGCUGCUGCUGAUACCACCCAGACUGUCACUUAACGUGCUGCUGCUGCUGCUAACCACUGACGACGACGAGGACGACGAGAAGGCACUGACAUCCCCCACACUAACAGCAGAGGAAGAAGGGAAGGAAGAAAAGAAAGAAGACACCUGCGACGCGGCGCUGGUAACCACCGUCCGCAGCGUCGUCUGGUUGCAAGUGGACGUCGGGAAGAACCAGGUCGUCGACGGGGACGUGACGCUGGUUUUCUCCUCGCUGCAGGAUGUCGAGCUCGCUUCUGUUGCCGUUGCUGAUGCUGGUGCUAUUGCGGAAAGGGACUCGCUUGAUGGCGGUGCUGUCUCUUUCGGGAGCGGGGACGAUGAUGUCUGCGGUGCCCCGUCUGUGCAGGUUGUAUCCGCGGGCACACCAGCGGUGGAGGUGCUGGUGCUGGGUUGGUCUGAGACUGCGGGGGAAGAGACGGACACCCCUGAGGUGAUGCAAGUGUCGGUGGAGGAGACCGAUCCGGUGAUGGCGUCCUCCGAGCUGGUCGAGGAGAUUGCGGUACCUGACGGAUGGCUGGGCGCCCCCGGACUCCAACCGCCGGAUGGCCCGGUUGCUUGCCAAGGUACCGUCGAAUUUGACAGAGGGAACGGAGGCGAGCUCGGCGUGAUCGAUGCUACGAUCGUCCCCGACGUGAUGACAGUUCCCAGGGCGGGACUGGUGCCGGUUGGGCCUGCGGUGCCCGCAGUGGAGUUGGGGAGCGGGAAAGGCGCCGAGCCCGGCAGGAUGGAUGAAGAGCCAGGGGCUCCAGUACCCAAGCUACCAGUUGGCGCAAUGAUGCUGGAAUUGGAAAGCGGAUACGGCGCGCUGCUGGUAGGGAUAGCAGGAGCAGUGCCGGUCCCGGGCCCUGAAGAUGGGCCUGUCGGUCCGCCGGUAACAGUCUGGUUCGUGAGGGGAUACGGAGCAGUGCUCUUGGCUGGCGCGGUUGAGACUCCGGUCCCGAUGCUUGGAGGCCACAGUUCUGUGGACGACGGCACGCCAGUUCCGGAUCCAAGGGCAAGAGUCGACGCACUCGUUGCGUUGGGGCAUGGGAAGGGCGGCAAGGCGGAACCAGUUCCGAAACUAGUUAGAGCUGUACCGGUGCCGCUUGUUGCGAAGCCCCAAGUGCUCGAGUUUGACAGCGGGAAAGGAGGCAGAGGUGACGAGACUCCGGGGGCUCCUGUUUGGAUUCCCGUGCCAGAGAUGGCCGUGCCGCCGGUUGGCCACCCUGCAGAACUCGAGUUGCUGAUCGGGAAUGGCGGUGACUGGGUGGACGUCGGAGGGCUUUCAGGAACACCGGUCCCAACCACGCCUGUCCCCGUGGGGCCAAGCCAAGGCCCCGACGAGUUGCUCAGCGGGAAUGGCACGCUUGCGGUGCUAAUGGUCGAUCCGCCCGUCCCCGUGGGCCCUGUCCCCCAGCUGGAAUUGGAGGCGGGAAAGGGGACGGUGAAGGGUGUGAGAGAAGGCGACGGAGCGCCCGUGAGGGAUGUGAUUCCGGUACCCGAUGGACCGGGCCAUACUCCAGUCGAGUUGGCGGCCGAGAAGGGAGGCCCACUGGAUGCGAUAGUGCCGGGGAGAGAACCACCUGUCCCUUGAGCCGUGGCUGACACUGUCCCAUUGGUCAAUGGGAAGGGGGUUGAGCCCAGCGUUGUCAAACUCUGCCCAGGGGCAGACUGGGUCAAAGGAGGCCCGGUCGCGGACACGGAUGUCCCCCUUGCAGAAGUAUGUGUGGUGGGU